GGGGAGAAGGUGAGGACUGGAAUUCCCCUGGAGACAAGACCAGGACGCCCGCCAGGGUAGGUUCUGGUUCUGGCCUGCACAGGAUUCCAAUAGGCUACAAAGAAGCACCAGCAAAUAGCGGAUAUCUUAAGAGUCUACGAAAGAGAUCUGAUCAUCUUGGGUAGGAGGAGCCGGUGCCCCCUCACAAACCUAAUCAGGUUCCUAAACCAGUCCACAAGCCAGUGGCCAGUGUUACGAAACGCUGUGGGUACCUUGGUUGUGACUGGGUAGUAACCUUGCAACAGGCUUUUCUGAAUGUCAGAGACAGUCGACGAUUCUAAAGCACUGAGACUUCUGCCUUUCUACCCAGCACCAGACCUUUUCCCUCGGCCUUCUGCAGCCGCCGGGUUCCGAGGCAAAAAAUGUUCCCACCAUGCACCAUAAGUGGCUGCUUGGGGUCUUAAUUGUAAUAGGGAGGUCCCUCCAAGGAGCAGCAGCAGGAGAGUUAAAGUAUGCUGGGAGCUGUGAAAAUGGAAGGGCACGAGCACUCAGACUGGAGCAGCUACUAUGGAGAGCCCGAGGGCUAUUCCUCGGUGAGCAAUAUGAAUGCGGGCCUGGGCAUGAACGGCAUGAACACUUACAUGAGUAUGUCGGCUGCCAUGGGCAGCAGCUCGGCCAACAUGAGUGCCAGCUCCAUGAAUAUGUCUUCUUACGUGGGAACUGGAAUGAGUCCCUCCCUGGCAGGCAUGUCCCCAGGGGCUGGGGCCAUGGCAGGGAUGGGGGGCACAGCUGCCCCAGGGGUUACGGGUAUGGCUCCCCACCUGAGCCCCAGCAUGAGUCCACUGGGGGGACAGGCCCCUGGGAGUAUGAACAGCCUGGCUCCCUAUGCCAACAUGAACUCUAUGAGUCCCAUGUAUGGGCAGGCCAGCCUCAACCGAUCCAGGGACCCUAAGACUUACCGGCGGAGUUACACACAUGCCAAGCCCCCCUAUUCCUACAUCUCCCUCAUCACUAUGGCCAUUCAGCAAAGCCCCAACAAGAUGCUGACACUUAGCGAGAUCUACCAGUGGAUCAUGGACUUGUUCCCCUUCUACCGACAGAACCAGCAGCGCUGGCAGAAUUCCAUCCGCCACUCUCUCUCCUUCAAUGACUGUUUUCUCAAGGUGCCCCGCUCACCAGACAAGCCCGGUAAGGGCUCCUUCUGGACCUUGCACCCAGAUUCGGGUAACAUGUUUGAGAAUGGUUGCUACCUGCGUCGUCAGAAGCGCUUCAAAUGCGAGAAACAGUUGGCACUGAAGGAGGGAGGGGGAGGCCCAGGGGGUGGAGGCAAGAAGCCAGGUGGAGGAAGUGGUGGAGCUGGAGGGCAGCAAGCACCACUAGGGGAGGGCAGUGGGGGUUUGCCCCCCACUAGCGGCUCUGACAGCUCUGCGGGCACAGAGUCCCCUCACUCCAGUGCCUCCCCCUGCCAAGAACACAAGCGAGGUGGUUUGGGGGAGCUGAAGGGCACCCCAGCAGCCCUGAGUCCUCCUGAACCUGCCCCAUCCCCAGUCCAGCAGGCACACCUGCUGGGUCCACCCCACCACCCAGGCCUGCCCCCUGAGGCACACUUGAAGCCGGAACACCACUACGCCUUUAAUCACCCCUUCUCCAUUAACAAUCUCAUGUCAUCUGAGCAACAGCAUCACCACAGCCAUCAUCACCAUCACCACCACCACAAAAUGGACCUUAAGACCUAUGAACAGGUGAUGCACUACUCUGGCUACAGCUCCCCCAUGCCUGGUAGCCUGGCCAUGGGCCCCAUUACGAACAAAGGGGGCUUAGAAUCCUCGCCCCUGACUGGAGACGCAAGUUAUUACCAAGGGGUAUAUUCUCGGCCCAUUAUGAACUCUUCCUAAAAGCUGGUGCUUGGGGGUGGGCAGCAGGACCUCUGCCUACAGAGGUGUGAAAAGAAGAGAAGGGAUGGCUAUGGACUUUCGGGAGAAGAAGGGUGGAGUUGGGGAAUCAAGGCCAUGUGUCCAUAUCUGCAGAGGACACUAGUUCCUGUCCACUAGCUUUUGACUCCCGAGUUCCUCAUUGUUCUGUAGGGAAGAAAAGGAAAAUGUUUUUAAAGUCUCCAGUUUUCCACUACUGUUUAGACACCCCCACUUCUCCCAGCAUCAUUUGAAUUUUGAUUUUUGUUGUUGUUGUUGUUGCAGGGAAGUCUUAUCUUUUUUUUUCUUUGUGAGAGAGUGAUGAUAAAAAAAAGCUGAUUUUGGUGUAAAAACUUGUAGUUUUAACUGAGAACCAAAAGAUUGUGCCUGUUGUUUUGUUUAAAAAAAAAGAGGGAAAAAAAGGAAAAUAGAAAAAUUGAGGGUCUGUUGUAAUUGACCCACCCCUCAUUCAUGUUCCUGGGAGAGUGAAAUACAGUACUUGGCUCUGAUUAAUUUAUGGUUCCUGUAUGCUUUAUUUAUGGCUUAUAAAUGUGUAUUCUGGUGAUGAAGAGCCAGAUUUUUCAUAAAUCUCUAUUAAAGUGUUAUUGUCAGUUUUC